GAUAUCAUCUCGUUUCAGAUAUGGGAUCACUGCUCUGAGGAUUUGAAACCUCGAACUCGACAUUUUCUAAACAUAAACCAUGAUUGUGUAAACACGCGCAGCCAUCGAGGCUAAACACUGUAGGUAUAAUAAAAGUUCUAGCCACUCAUCCAACAAAUUCAAUGCACAUAUACGCGUGCGCAUGCGCGCCGAGCAGGUGGGAGCGAGUGUGUGCGGGCACGUAAAGACGAACCUACGUCCUAGUUCCCAGAUUUGUCAGACAAGCUCUGUGCAAAAGGUUCCGAGACAUAAGUCGCAACUCCUGGUACCUGUUUGAGAAACUGGACUUUUCUCCUGAAACUUGGGGCUGGCCAGAAAAAAAAGUGAAAUGCAUCGAUAGAACAAUGUUCAAAGAGGUCUUAAAACGCUGCCAUAAAUAUGUAAAGACAAUCGACUUAAACACGACCAUUCGCGAUGCAAAAGACGACGAACUGGGAUUGUAUCACAGCCUACCAAGUCUCUCCAUUCAUGAUAUAUGCCAGCUGUGUCCCAACCUGCGUUGUCUUUAUCUGAAUGAGAUACAAAUUCACCCCUCAAGAAAAUUGGCCAGCACAAGGAAGAGGAAAUACAAACACACUUCUGGCUCCUCCAGAAUCUGCAGUACUAUUACUUCGCAAAUGAUCCAAGCCCUGAUUCAGCAUUCUGAAAAUUUCACACACUUCAGUUUAAAUUUACAGCGACACGAUUAUAGCAGCGAUUGUAUCUCGAACCUCAUAACGAGAAUGAAGAAUCUGAAGAUGUUACAUCUUAAUUCUGGUAGCAAGCUUCCGGGAGAGAUUUUAAUGGGCUUGUCCUUUGAAACAAUCGAGGAAAUAUUUUUGGAGGAGUGUAAGACUUUUUGGACUUUAGAGAAUGCCGAUCUCUUGAAUACUGUUCUUCAAAGAUGCACAAAUUUGGACACCUUUGUUCUGAAUGAUAGCAUACAAGGGGCAAACGUAGAUCUAUGCAGACUGAAGCACUUAAAGAAUUUGGGAUUAAUUAAGAAGAUGAGGGACUCAAAUCAACUUAGAUGCGUUUUGCAAUUGCAUAAUCUCCAAAGACUGAAUGUUCAAGCCAAUAACAGUGUUGAUGAUCAGUUCCUUAAACAAAUAUUCAAGAACUGUAGGCAACUUGUUUAUCUCAACAUCUCUCGUUGUUUUCAUCUUUCCGACGGAGGAAUGACUGACAUUGGAAAAUUAACAAAGCUCGAGUACCUAAUUAUGAGUUAUACAAAGCUUUCAUCGAGAUAUCUUCGCGGGGUCAGUGUGAAUCUGAAAGUUCUGGAUUGUUCAAACUGCAAAAGAGUUUCAGACUAUGGCUUACAUGCUCUUAUUCAGCGUACAGUUCAUCUUAAAAUGCUGAUCUUGCAAAUGUGCCCUAAAGUCACGGGUUUGCUCGUUCGAGCUAUUAAUCAUAAUAUCCAGCUUCGGGAUACUAAAAAUGAAAAUUAUCCGCUUUUGAUCAUAAGCAAUGAGGGAACAAUGCUUGAUGAUUGGAGAAUUUCGCAUCGCGUAAAAAUUGUGAAAAAAAUUGUGCGCAAAUUCACGUAUGGAACUGAUUUUAAGGAUGUCUAUUUUCAUACUGAAAAUGAUUAUCUUCCUAUUUCGUACGAUUCAGUCAUUGACUAGUACGUUUAAUUUAGUUUAAGCGUUAUUUCAAAAUGUGUUUGUUAGACGUGCAUCUUAAUUGGAUUGUAUGUAUUUAGAGUUGAGUUGUUUUUUUCUUAUACAGAAAUAUAAAUCUUCUAAAUUACAGGGAUAUUUUCUAAGACUUUGAGUAUGGACGUGCGUUCUUCUUAUAUGUGGGUCUAUCACCCCUUCUGGCUAUUUUGACCCGAUUACGUAACAUUUUUAAUUUAAUAAUUU